GGAUAAAAACGUAUUUGGAUUUCGCGCCUUUCUUUGGUUUUUGCAAAUAUAAAUUUUAGCAGUUUACCAGAGAGACAUGGAAAAUGCCGUGAACGAGGAGUUUGAACCGGAUCAUUCCAACUCUGAGAGCAUGGAGGUUGAGUACGAAAAACCAAGAAUAAACGAUGCCGAAAAGGCAGUCAUCGCUACUUUUUUGAACGAGGUCUUCAAACGCUCAAUAGAGAUUAUCAAGAACAUGGAAGACAAUGAAGACAGCCUUUCACCUUAUUUAUCAGAGGAAGAAUCGCGUUUAGUUAAGGAAUUUGUCAAGGAUAUUUUCAAACGAGCUGCUGAAGUGAUGUUAAAACAUACGAACGACCCGCCAUUACCGAGUGAAAAGGACUUCAUAUUCAAACCAGCCGAUCAAGAUAAGGUCAUGGACCAAGUCAACCAAAAGGUUGCAAAGGCAGUUAGAUGUUCAAUGGAAAAGAAAUUUCAAGUAAAAAGGAAGUUUGAAAGUGAAAACACUAGCAGUGGAGAAUCAGUGAAAGUGGCUAAACAAGGCAAUACAACUGGUGUCGAUGUAGACUCUCACCAAGAGUUUAUAACAUAUGGAGGUAAGAACCCACGUGGGUACCACAUCAUUUACAUGAAUCCAAAGAAGGCGCCUCAGAARGACGACCGAGAUCACGACCAUUAUCUCAAACAAAUGGAUACACUUCUUAAGAUCACUGACAACUUCAUCAAUGAAAACACAAGUCAACAGCCGUUUAUCUUGGUAUACCGCUGUUUUGGGGAGCCACAKUCCAAACGAAUGAGAUUCCAGUGGAUGGUGAAGCUUUAUGGCAUAAUGCGUGACAGAUAUCUCGAUAAUCUGGUCAAGUUUAUUGUGUAUAAUCCUGAGAUAAAAUUCAAAGCAAUACUCAAAAUGUGCAAGCCUUUUAUGAGGAGGGAGUUGUCAAGAAAAUUGCUAAUUGUUACAGAUGCAAAUUCGUUUUCCAAAGAACAUCGCGGUCUAUGGACGUAGACGAUGUCUUUCCGGGAAAACCAUUUUGUCUGAUUGAGACAUCGAAACACUACUUAGUUUCUGUUAUAGGCGUCUGUCUUUUUGAUAAAUAAAUGACUUGUUCUCAUGA